AGCGGCUAGAAGCUGCACAGCACCCACUCCAUCUGGCCGCACUCCGAGCAACUUUCCUCUCACAGCAUGGCAGACCGGUAGCCGGCGAUUUCAUAGCGUCAACCUACACACCAAUGGCAGGCAGGCGGCUUCUCGAUGCCGCAAAACUGUUCAAUGCGACGCGCUCCAUCGCCAAGCAGCACGUAGCUCUCCGCUCGCACCAGCUCGAUGUAUUCACUCGUACCUCGACCGUCGCGAAAGCAGUAAAGAACCAGACGGACCGCGUUACCGUUACAGCUCGCGCUGCCAUCGCCCUUGCUCAACGCUUCAACGAGCCCCCGCCGCCGUAUACCAAGGAAGCAUCGGCUGAGCAGCCGAAGCCCCAGGAUGAAACGAUACCUAGGAAGAGCACGGUAAACGAUAAUGCAGGUACACGAAGUGCGGGGUCAGGGCUGGAGCAAGAUCAUCACUAUGAUACCUCCGAACACAAUGCUGCGCGGCAACCGCCGCCGAAGGACGAGUUGGGUGUAAAUCAGAGGCAGGCGGACAGAGAGCCUUUACCGGAUGGAUCUAUACCGCCUGCAAAUUCAAAAUUGCGGUGGGGAACCGAAAAGCAUGAUUUCUUCUCUCAGCGUCCAAUUGCUGAACCCGCAAAGCGUCCUCUUUCCGUGCAGGAUCAGUUUGCCCGGGAGGAGCUGGACAUCACUCAGAAACAAGCCGAAAGGCGGCCACUUCCGGAUGGAACCAUACCGCCUGCAGAUGUGGAUCUACGCUCAGGAUCGGAGAGACAAGACACCUUCUCCCAGCGUCCCGUUCCCGAACCGACAAAAGGACCUCUUGCCAACGAAGACCAGUUUGCUCGUUCAGAGAGCCUUCGGCCUGCCGCCUCUUCAGCUUCCACGAUACCUACCCCAGGGAAGGCGUCCAUGACAGCGGACCAUGCUAGGGAGAUACAGCGUGAAGCAGAAUCGCAGAUACCGUCUAAAGCAGCUGAUCUGGAAGGAAAUCUCACUAUAGAUCUCGACAACGAUGUCUUCCACAAGCGGGAAGGUCAUACCAGCUAUGAGUUCUCGAACCUACCCCGGACUAAGCUUCCCAAGAUAUCUGCAGACACACAAGGCAGCAAAGACGAGGUCGAUGACGGCGGCAUCAACGCGGAGGUGUUUUACACAUCGAAGGGACAGGAGAGCCAAGAGACUGUACCGACCCAACAGGCCGUUCCCGAACAGGACGAAAUCCCCGAGGGUGUCAACACUGAUGUUUUCCGCACUUCCAGAGUAUCGAGAAUGCUGGGUGUUCCGAAACCGGGAGACAGGCGGCCGAGUGGUUUGGAGCUUAAAGGGGCCGCUAGAACGCCUGUUGAACAUACUAAAUUGGCGCAAGGUCAUGACCAGGACACCUUCAACGUGCGGACCUCUGAGGCGAAUGCUCCUGCGGCGCCAUCGCCGGCCGCUCAGACAGAAGCGGGAAAAUCAUUCCAAAAUGCAGACCAAGAUCUCCGGUCACUUGCUUCUGACAUUGCAAAGGAGGCGAAUGCGCCCUCUUCUGAAUCUGAGAUUCUCGUGGGACCUGAUAAUGAGGUUGUUGUCUACCAAUUGCGUGAAUCCCGUGUACCUUCCUCCCGCCUUGGUCGUAUCUGGAACUAUGGCACGCUGGGGGCAAGUAUGGCAUUCGGUGCAGUAGGCGAGAGCCUCAAGCGUGUCACCGGUGCAGCUUCUGCUGGGGGAUCAUUGAUGCUAAGUGCAGGCAACAUGGAAAGGCUUGUUGCUAAGUUGUCCCGAAUGAGAGGCGCAGCUCUCAAACUGGGACAAAUUAUCAGUUUUCAGGACAUCAAGAUGCUGCCUCCACCCAUCCAUGAAGUACUUCAACGAGUUCAGGACAGCGCGGACUAUAUGCCGGCGUCCCAACGCGACAAGGUUUUGGUGGCAAACCUCGGCCCUGACUGGAGAGAUCUCUUUACCUCUUUUGAGGAAGUUCCUAUAGCAGCAGCAUCGAUUGGCCAGGUUCACAAAGCAGUGCUUAAAUCGACGGGGAUGCCGGUUGCUGUCAAAGUGCAGUAUCCAGGCGUAGCUAACUCCAUCGACUCGGACCUCAGUAACUUGUCCUUGCUUUUGACAGCUUCAAGAGUUUUGCCUAGGGGGCUCUUCCUCGACAAGACGAUUGCCAACGCACGCACCGAGCUUGGUUGGGAAUGCGACUACAUUCGGGAAGCUGAGUGCCAGAAGCGCUUCAGCGAAUUGCUCGCCGAUGAUACCGAAACUUUCACGGUUCCCACAAUCGUCCCUGAAGCCUGCGGCAAGGAGGUCUUGACUGCAGAACUGAUGACCGGCAAAGCCAUUACCAAACUUCCCAGCCUCAGCCAAGAGGAGCGUGACUGGAUCGGUACGCAGAUUUUGCGUCUAUGCUUCCGCGAGCUCGUCGAGUUCCACUUCAUGCAGACGGAUCCCAACUGGACAAACUUCCUGUACAACGCCAAAGACAAGAAGCUCGAGCUCCUCGAUUUUGGCGCCAGCCGCGAGUACCCGACGAGGUUCACGGACCCGUACAUCCGGAUUUUGAUUGCGGCAUCGCGUAACGACCGCGACACCAUCCGCGACCUAUCGCUCGAGCUUGGCUACCUCACCGGUGACGAGGGCAAGACUAUGCUCGACGCGCACGUCGACAGCGUCCUGACACUCGCCGAGCCGUUCAAGGAGAACGGGCCUGAGGUGUACGAUUUCAGCGACCAGACCAUCACGGAUCGCGUGCGCAGCUUCAUCCCGGUGAUGGUGCGCGAACGCCUCUCGCCGCCACCGGAGGAGACGUACAGUUUGCAUAGGAAACUGAGUGGAGCGUUCCUGUUGUGUGCAAGGUUGGAGAGUAGGAUUGCAUGCAAGAAGCUGUUCCAGGAUGCCGUGGCAAAGUACGAGCGCAGGACUUGAAUUGUAUAAGUCUAGCUGGGGAAAAUGUCUGUAUAGUUAAGCUACAUAGAGGCGGUUUUGAUGAGCGCCAUUGUAUCAACAUUCACAGCUCU